GAAAGAACAUAACAAAAUAAAUAAACAAAACUUCCUUUGCAACUGAUCUUUCAAUAACACUUUCGGUUCUCUGUUUCGCUGAGGCGGAAUCAGAGAAUCGCUUCAAGUUAAGCAUUCGAGGCACAAGAAGUUUUGUUAUAGCGAAUCGUUUACGGAGAAGAAGCAUUUCAAGUGAAAAAUGGAAAUGUCUCGAACAGACGGAAGAAUGGAAGGUUGGCUUUACACCAUCCGACAUAACCGGUUUGGUCUUCAAUUCUCUCGUAAACGAUAUUUUCUUCUUCUUGACAACAACCUUAAAAGCUUUAGAUCAGUACCAUCAGAUCACAAUGAGGAGCCUGACAGAAGAGCAUCCCUAGACUGUUGUAUUAGGGUUACUGAUAAUGGAAGAGAGAGUUUCCAUAGAAAGAUCCUAUUCAUAUUUACACUUUACAACACUUCAAAUCAUUUGGAUCAAUUGAAGCUGGGAGCAAGUAGUCCUGAAGAAGCAGCCAAAUGGAUCAGAUCAUUACAAGAUGCUUCACAAAAGGGGUUUCCUUUUCCGGAUUGUGAAUUUGUAUCUCAUGCUCAGAAAGGACUUGUGAAGCUUGAUCUAUCCAAGAGGACACGCCGCAAAGUUUCAGUAGAUUGGACAAAUUACUCAUCACUGAAUGUUGAAACAAUAGCACCUGAUGUCAUUGCUCCUUCUCCAUGGAAAAUUUUUGGAUGCCAAAACGGUUUACGCCUUUUUAAAGAAGCUAAAGACUGGGAUUCACGAGGAAAGCAUUGGGAUGAUCACCCUGCAGUAAUGGCAGUUGGAGUCAUUGAUGGUACUUCAGAAGAUAUCUUCAAUACACUAAUGUCUCUUGAUCCUUUAAGAUCAGAAUGGGACUUUUGUUUCUACAAAGGCAGUGUGGUGGAGCAUCUUGAUGGACACACAGAUAUAAUCAAUGUCCAGUUAUACAGUGAUUGGUUGCCCUGGGGUAUGAAUCGAAGAGACUUAUUGCUGAGACGCUACUGGAGAAGGGAAGAAGAUGGAACCUAUGUGAUACUUUGCCACUCUGUUUAUCACAAGAAGUGCCCACCAAGGCGGGGUUAUGUUCGUGCUUGUGUCAAAAGUGGUGGCUACGUGGUGGCUCCGGUAAGCAAAGGGAAACAAUCACUAGUAAAGCAUAUGGUAGCCAUUGAUUGGAGAAGCUGGAACUUAUACAUGAGGCCGUCUUCUUCAAGAUCCAUAACCAUCCGUGUGGUUGAGAGACUUGCUGCGUUACGUGAAAUGUUCAAAGCGAAACAAGGACAUGGCUUCGCUGAAUUCGUCUCAGGGGAGUUCUUAGAAACCAAAUCCUGCUUGUCCAAGGUCAACAUUAGACCCCUUAUAACAGAAGCCAAAAGGGUUGAUCUAGAGCUUGUGAAGGCUGAUGAAAUGGAGAAACCUUCUUCAGCACGCCACAGUUUGAUGGACUUGAAUAAUGUUUCUGAUGAAUUUUUCGACGUUCCUGAGCCCUCCGAGUUCGAUAGCUUAAUUGAUAACUCUCCCUUUUCACAAGGACACUCUCAGCUCAAGAUACCAUCACCAGCUGGUAUUGUCAAGAAACUUCAAGAUUUAGCCAAUAAUAAGAAAGGCUAUAUGGAUUUACAAGAGGUCGGUAUGGAUGAUAAGAGCACAUUCUUCUAUGGAGCCACUCUUCAGAAAGACCCAAAUCUUACUAUGCCUUGUAGUUGGGCUACGGCAGAUCCAUCUACAUUCUUAAUUCGUGGAGAAAAUUAUUUAAAAGACCGACAAAAGGUGAAGGCAAAUGAGACAUUGAUGCAAAUGAUUGGAGCAGACUGGAUAAGUUCUAAUAAGCGAGAAGAUGAUCUUGGUGGACGUCUAGGCGGUCUAGUUCAGGAAUAUGCAGCCAAAGGCGGUCCAGAGUUUUUCUUCAUUGUAAACAUGCAGGUCCCUGGUUCAGCUAUGUACAGUCUAGCAUUGUACUAUAUGCUGAAAACUCCAUUAGAAGAGCAUCCUUUGAUAGAGAGUUUUGUCAAUGGUGAUGACGCUUAUCGCAAUUCGCGCUUUAAACUCAUCCCUCAUAUCUCCAAAGGUUCAUGGAUUGUGAAACAAAGUGUUGGCAAGAAGGCUUGCUUGGUGGGUCAGGCACUUGAAGUUCGUUACACCCGAGGAAAGAAUUACUUGGAGCUUGAUGUUGAUGUUGGGUCUUCAACUGUUGCAAGAGGUGUAACCAAUCUUGUUCUUGGGUAUCUUACCAACUUGGUUAUAGAAAUGGCUUUUCUGAUACAGGCAAAUACAGAAAAUGAACUACCAGAACUGCUACUAGGGACUUGUCGGCUCAAUUAUCUCGAUGUUUCAAAAUCUGUACAGGAAAGAUGAGACAUCCCGAAGAAUAAACAAUAACGCAGGAGCAAGGGAUGUAUCGAUUUUUUGUUACUUUGUAAAAGCUGUGUUUUUUUUUUUUUGAGAAAGGGCCUACUGUGUUUCUUUUACCAUUCUUUAUUACGUCAACUCGUUUAUACAGUCAAACUAAGGUCUAGAAAGAAAGAACGAACCUAGUCUGUUUCUCUGUGUUAUCUGUCGAACAUUGGAUUAAUAAACUUGUUGAAAAGAAU